AUGAACAUCAUUGCUGUGCCGCUUGCACGUCAUGCAAAUCCUGCACGAUUGCCGUACCUGACAUAUCUGUCACAGCCGGUGGCGGCGGCCGCUACCAAGCUCUCAACCAAGCCAAGUUAUGCACAACGCGCCAUUCAAUAUGCAUCCGACAUGUGGACAACUUGGGGUAGGCCUGAAACAACGUCGUUGCUCGACUGGAAGCGGCGUGUUCACGCUUUGGGCGAGCGAAUUAUGGACCGUAUUGAGUACGAAGAGUGGGCACUCAAGAGCAUUGAUCAGGUGCUGGGUCCAUCGAUUCAUGCCCUGUUGACUUCUCGCCUGCACCUACGCGAGCCGCGAGAAGAGCAUCCUACGCAUGUGGCAGUGCUAUAUCCCCCGUCUGUUGUGGGUAGGACAAGUGUGAUGGAAUCACUUCGCAAUAUGGCUCACCGUCGUGCCCCACAUCACUACCGCUUGCUGUUCUACAACAUGGUAGCAAUCCCUGUGACGGCCCCACUUUUCCUUAUCCCCGUCAUCCCCAAUGUCUUUACGUACUACUUUAUGUGGCGUGCAUGGAGUCAUUGGCGCGCUUACGUGGCAUCCAAGUCGCUGGAGUCCCUCCUCCAAUAUGGACUAGUGGAAUGCAAACCCGAUGAUCAAUUAGGUGCUAUUUAUGCUGAAGCUAAGAGCCACAAAUCGCAACAUGCGCAGAAACAGCCCAGUGGUUGGACAUUUUUUCUUGACCAAGACGACAUGGCAUCCCUCACGCAUCAUUAUGCACUAUCAGCCCAAGCUUUCGUUGAUUUGCGCCGCGCGUCUCAACAAGCUAUAUACGACAUUAUGCGCCAGCGACGACAACAACGUGCAUCCUAG